AUGGGAGAAACUAGAGAUGAAAUCAUAAAUACUGCGUCCAAACUCUUGAAAGCAAGUAAAACCAUAGUGCUGCGUGUAAAUGAGGAAAAGACGAAAUACUUAAAGGUAGCAAGAAGAAGCCUAAACAUAGACCACAUAACAGUAGAUGACUAUAUUUUCAAGAAAGUGGAGGUAUUUAAGUACCUAGGUGUUAACAUAAAUAGCAACAACGACAUGUAUGAAGAAAUCAAUGAUUGAAUAGCAUGCGGCAACCGAUGCUACUAUAGCAUGAGGAGACUCCUUAAAUCAAAACUACUGUCACAUAACUCAAAGACACUACUGUAUCAUAGCUAUUUACGACCAAUAAUCACAUACGCGAGUGAAACAUGGUCACUGACCUUAGGAGACAGCAAACGAUUAAUGACCUUCGAAAGAAAAGUACUGAGAAAGAACAGGCUAAAUAUUAUUUCAUAUAUAAAAUGCAAGCGACUAGAAUGGUUCGGCCAUGUUUGGAGAGCGAAUGGACAAGUAAUAAAAGAAGUGUUAGUUAACAAAAUAAAUAAAAAACGUUCAUUAGGAAGACCAAGGACCCGAUGGAUGGACGUUAUAGCUCAAGAUAUAAAAAACGUAGAAGAGUCAUCUUUUGAUGACGCAUACGAUAGAGAGAAAUGGAGAGGUGUUGUGAUGGCAGCGAUGGCACUUAAUGGGCCGAUAAGCUGA